AGUGGCCACCGUUGUCUGAGGCGGGUUCGGAGCAGGGCUGGGGUUGCCCUGACAUUUCUGGGACCACCGCCAGCCAAGAAGAAAAAAAGACGAGUGUUUUACAAUUUGCUUUUGUCAAAGUGUGGAGAAAGGGGAAAGAGAAGCGUCCUUUCUUUUUUUUCAGCAUCACAUUCCUGUGUUUUUCUUCAGCCUGGAAAAUAUAUUAGUGCUGGUGCUUUCCUCUCUGGAAACAAAGGAGCUAAACGGGACUGAGGAAGCAAGGAGUGGGAAGGGAAGUAUAAAACAGAGAGACUUGGAGCAGCCAGGAGUUCCCUUUCCUUAAAUGAAAUCCCUGCCUGUGUGGAUAACCGGCACAGCAAAAAUCCAGACCUGCAGGUAAAUGGAGAAGCAGAGAUCACAAAGGAAAUUUCCACUAACCUCAUCCUGCUUGUCAAGAAGGUGAAGAAGAGAGUUAAAAGAUACACAAGGCAGGCUCUGGAACCUAUUGGGCUGCAAAGAUAAAUCACUAAGCAGCAGCAAAGCUGUAUGGUCUCCUUUUAAAGGAAAAAGACGUGAAACCUCAUCUCUGGAAGUGUAAGUUUCAAGUCAACUUCUUGGCUUUCUGCUCUAGAUUGCACAAUGAACUGGAGGCCAGCUCUCAGCUUAGCCCUGCUGUGGGCAGCAUGGCUAGUGUGUGGCUCUGAGAAGACAGAGAGGCUGGCAGAGAGAGGGAGCCAUGGAGUAAGGAAAGUGCCUCUGGCUUACAGGGCUUCAAGCAGUGUCCUAAGAAGGUCUGGAGCAUCCCUGAGGAAUUCAAGUCCAAAUCCUCAACACCCUGUCUCCAAAAGGGAUUCUUCCACACCUCCAAAACCACCUGCCAAUCUCCUCCAAGGGGAAGCACGUUCCCAGGCCAGGGGCAUGGGGACCAGAAUGAGAUGGGUACAGAGACUCACAGCUGCAGCCAAAUACUCCAAGUCUGAGAUGAUUAAGGACGAAGGGAUAUCCUCUGCCUCACAGUCACGAGUGGUACGUUUCCCUUCAGGGUCAAGUUCUCCCAAUGUCCUGGCCAGCUUUGCAGGGAAAAAUCGGGUGUGGGUAAUUUCUGCCCCCCAUGCCUCUGAGGGCUACUACCGGCUCAUGAUGAGCCUGCUGAAAAAUGAUGUUUACUGUGAACUGGCCGAGAGGCACAUCCAGCAGAUUGUGUUGUUCCAUGAAGAAGGGGAAGAAGGGGGAAAAGUCAGAAGGAUAACCAACGAAGGAAAAAUCCUGGAACAGCCACUAGAUCCUGCCCUCAUCCCUAAGCUCAUGAGCUUUCUGAAACUGGAGAAAGGGAAAUUUGGCAUGGUACUGUUGAAGAAAACUCUGCAGGUAGAGGAAAGGUAUCCUUAUCCAGUCAGGCUAGAGGCCAUGUACGAAGUCAUUGAUCAGAACCCCAUAAGAAAAAUUGAGAAGAUGAGGCAGAAGGGCUUCAUCCAGACUUGCAAAGCAGCUGGGGUAGAGGGGCAAGUGGUUGAGGAAGGCAACAAUGGGGGCAGCACCCAGCCUACCCCUGGUGGUGAACAUGCCCAGGUGUCAGCAAGGAAGGAGGAGCCAAGGAAGAACAAUAAUCAGCCAGUAAGGACCAAAACAGUGAGGAAACCAAUGACAACCACAGUGGCCACUCCUCUACCUACAGUAAGGACCACUACUCUCCCUCCCACCACCACAACUACUCGUGCCACCACCCGUGCAGUGACAACAGCAAGCCGGUCUACUACAACUACAUCCCUCCCCACCACACAGAGGACCUGGACCACAAAGUCACAUGCCACCACAGAGUACCACAGGCUGCCAGUAGCCCCUGAUGCCACCACUCCACGAGUCACAGCCUCUGAGGACUUCUACUCUCCUGUGUGGAAAGCAAACCGCAGGGACCGUCAGCGCGGACAGUCGGAGAAACAACAGGCAGCCACACGGAAACCAAACAAAGCUGCCCGCUAUGACAGUUUCACAGGAGUCCCAACGGCUCCCUCAGUGCACUAUACAAAGGCAAAUGUGGGUAGAUUUAAAGAUAACCGAACAGAUAGAAAGGACUAUAACCAUAGGGACCUGAAUGUCACACCAGGGCAACACAAACCAAUUAAGACUAAACCACCAAAAAAGAAGGCCCAAGAAAAGAUACUGAGUAAUGAAUAUGAGGAUAAAUAUGACCCGAGCAAGCCUGCUAGUUCCCAUUUAGAGGAACAGUUUGCAGUGGGAAAUAUUCCCCCAAAGAAAGGAAAAGAAUCAAAGAAGCAUGAGCGAAUGGAUAAACCUGAGAAGAAGAAGAAGAAGGACAGACCUGACAAGCAGCAGAAGAGUGAAAAGCAGUCCAAGAAGGACAAAGCUGAGAAAAAGAGCAAGCAGGACAAAGACCGCAGCAAGAAGAAUAAGAAGGGGAGCAGGACUGAAAAUGAGGAUUUUCCCAAGCCCAAUAAGAAGCCUUUCCUACAGCCUCCCAGAAAAUCAGCAACCAACCUCCUGGAAUAUUUUGAAGGCAAAAGGCGGCUCAUUCUGAUCACAACCCCCAAGGCGGACAACACCAUGUACGUACAGCAGCGAGACGAGUAUCUGGAGAGCUUCUGCAAGAUGGCAACGAGGAAGAUCUCAGUCAUUACAAUUUUUGGCACCAUGAACAACAGCAGCAUGAAAAUUGACCACUUCCAGCUAGAUAAUGAAAAGCCCAUGAAAGUGAUAGAGGAUGAAGACCUUGUGGACCAGCAGCUCAUCAGCGAGUUGAGGAAAGAAUAUGGGAUGACCUACAAUGACUUUUUCAUGGUGCUUACAGACACUGACAUGAAGGUCAAGCAAUACUAUGAAGUACCCAUAGCAAUGAAGUCUGUGUUUGAUUUGAUUGACACCUUCCAGUCACGAAUUAAAGACAUGGAAAGACAGAAAAAAGAGGGCAUUGUCUGCAAAGAAGAUAAGAAACAAUCCCUUGAGAGCUUCUUAUCCAGGUUCCGAUGGAGGAGGAGGCUGGUAGUGAUCUCUGCUCCCAGUGAUGAAGACUGGGCUUAUUCCCAGCAGCUUGCUGCUCUCAGUGGACAAGCCUGCAAUUUUGGUCUGCGCCACAUAACUAUUCUCAAACUGCUAGGACUUGGAGAAGAUAUUGGAGGCGUCUUAGAGUUGUAUCCAAUUAAUGGAAGCUCAACUGUAGACCGAGAAGACAUCCCAGCUAACUUGGUGAAAGACAUCCGAAAUUAUUUUCAAAUUAGCCCAGAAUACUUCUCCAUGCUUCUAGUGGGGAAAGAUGGAAACGUGAAGUCCUGGUAUCCUUCUCCAAUGUGGUCUAUGGCGAUUGUGUAUGACCUGAUUGAUUCCAUGCAGCUUCGGCGACAGGAGAUGACAAUUCAGCAGUCGCUCGGCAUGCAGUGCCCAGAUGAUGAGUACGGUGGGUAUGGCUACCAUAGCUACCACCAGGGAUACCAGGAAGGUUACCAAGAUGACUACCGUCACCACGGGAGUUACCACCAUGGAUAUCCAUAUUGAAAAGGGCAACUUAGCCUCUGACUGCCCCCUGUCUGCCUUCUAAUAGCUAUCCAAGCAAUACACGGCCAGUUGCAGAAAGUCUUCCCAGGCCAACUAGAUAUCCACGCCUCGUUCUUCUACUGUUCAAUCAAGGGACUUUGGUCAUUUGCCUUCUCAAAAAAACGCAGAAGCCUUUACAGUGAAGCAAUUCAAACCAGUAGUAUUGAAGCUUUAAACAAUAAAGACUCCUUUAUAUUUUUAAACCUUUAUAAACAAAGGCCAUCAGCAGGUGCUGUUUGUAUUAAAACCAAACAAAAAAACCCCCACAGCCCCAGUGUAUGGGCACUGCGGUAGGGCAGGACACAAACUGUCCAACAAAUGUUGCAAUGUGCUUUUUAGUAUUUUUUCUAAGGAGAAAAAAAAUAAGUAUAUUUAUUGGAAAGUGAGAUUUCAUUAUGCUUAUGGAGAAACAAAAGAUCACACUUCAGGUCUCCCCCCGAAAAGGAAAAUUCAAGAAAGAAGUAUGAGGUAUGCUCUUUAAAAAUAACAACAACAAUAAUAAAAUCUUUUUGAAACACUUUGUUUAAAAAGACAGCACCCCUUCUACAGUGUAUUAAUAUUGUAAUUAGCUGACUUUAUCAACGAAAAUAAGAUUUAUGGCUAUGGCAGAAUUUGCUCCAAUACAAUAUAAAGUUCUUAACUACAAAGCUUA